AUGCCGCUGCACUCGCUGUUUGUGCUGAGACACGCGCAGAGGGCAGAUAAGGUGGCGUCCACGGUGUCUUCGAUAGAGAUUGGGUAUAACUAUGGCGGUGGUGGUGAUGAUGGUGGAGGGGGUAUUGGCGGUGAGUUCUGUGAUGGGUUCGACGUGUACAACCCUGGGCUGGCGACGUUUGCGAGCACGCGUGGGAAGAGCAACAACGGGGUGAGCCAGUCCAACGUGCUCGGGGCGAAGCUGUUCAACUACCUGAACGAUCACGUGCGGUGCGACAACGGCGGGUGUGUCAGGCUGCGCCUGCACACCUCUCCCUACGUGAGAUGCCUCGAGACUGUGAAGUACAUGCUUGAUUUCCUCGUGAAGCAGGAGAUCAGGUGGCCGGUGGAGUGUACGGUGUCUGUGGAUCACGUUCUGAGCGAAUGGCUGAACACGGAUCUCGACAUCAACCAUUUCCCGCCGAACGAUAACGGCGAGACGUUGAUGAACACUGCGAUCCAGUAUUUGCACUCGAACCUGCCCUUCAAUGCCAACUCGAUGGUCAGCUUGAGGCUGGACCUGACUGAUCCUUAUAAGCACGGGAACCCUGGUGCGUUCAGCGAAAGCUUUAUACACCAGUACUCGAGGUUGAGCCAUGGACUGGCGUCCAUGGUUAAAAGCUGUGUCAGGGAUCAGCAGGAUGGCCAAAACGACAACGAGAUCUUGAUCUUGAUGACACAUGGCGCCUGUGUACGGUCUCUUGUUUCCAAACUGAUGGGGAAAUCGUUAUUCGUGGAGAUCCCGUUGGGGUCUGCUACGCUGGCUAGACCUGUGGAGAUGAAGGGAUCGCUCUUCUAUUGGAGACUGGUUGAGACCGAUAUCCCAUUCCGUGGAUCUAGAGAUUUCAAACCUGUUGAUUUGUAUUCUCAUAGGGAUCCAUUCCAAGAUGUCCAGACGACUUUUAACCACCAGAAACAGCUGGACUUUAAGAGUUCGAUGGUUGUGCCUGCGUCCAAAACGGGGAACUUCAACAGGUUAAGAUCACAAUCGUUGCUGAACCCAAAGGUGAAAACUGACAGCGAUAGUGAUUCGGAUACUGACGAUGAAGGGUUGAGCUUUAGCGUUGGAAGAAGAUCCAUGUCUCCGGACUUUAUGGAUAUACACAGACAUAGAAGAUUUAGAUCGAGCUCUUUAUUCGGCGACAAAAACCCUGCUGACCAACUCAGACAACAGAAUACGCAGGUAUCUUCUGUUUAUUCCAAGAAGAACUCAUUUGAAAGAACAAAGAGAUUGUUGAAGGAAGAGAAGGAGCAACUGGAUAGGCCGAGAAGAACUGUCGCCAUUACACCAGUUGCCUCUUCCAAUAAUCUAGCAUCAAUGAUGCAACAAUCACAUAGAAAUGAACAUAAGUAUAGUUGGUCGAACAUUGACAUUGAUGAUGGAAAAUAUACAGACAGUGGGACCACAGUUCCCGAUUUGGAGGAGUUCUUCUCCUCAAAUAAUUCCAGUGCAAACAGUUUGGUUAUGAAAGAUGAUGGCUUGAACAAUCUCAAAGCUGAUUCUUUGGAAUUAAAGGGUGAUGGUAUUGAAACCAUGAAUAACGGUUCAACUGCGACCUUGAUCCAGGAUUCAGAUAAUAACAAUUUGUUUGAUAAGGAAUUGAUUGAAAAAAGCUUAAAGGAGCAUAAAUCGACAGAACUAUCCAAACCAGAUAUGAAAUCACCAUCAACAUCUGACUGGGUUAUGAAUUUCAGUGGGAAGAAAGACUCACAUUUGAAGAUGAACAUACCAAACGAUAGUGUACCGAAGUUCAAGGUUGAUCUGUACGGGAAGAAGAACCGUAACAAUUUGAACACGUUAUCAUUAUACGACAACGAUGACGAUUAUGAAGAGGAAUCCAGCACCGGUUGGUUCUUGGGUUCUAACAGAUACUGA